CACUGGAAAGAGGAGAGAUACAACGUCACACUCCAGAAAUUAAAGUUAAGUUUGUCAGAGUGUCAGCCACGCUGCAGUAGAGACAAGACUCUGUUUCUCUCUGAAAGAAAACUCAAACUGACUUCAUCAGGUCUUUCUCAACAACACAGCAGAGUCUCUGCCAAACACUGCACGAAGCCACAAUGACGGCAGUGGACCUUUUCAACACUUUGGAGGAUUUAAAAGAAGAGGAAUUUAAGAAAUUCAAAUGGUGUCUGCAGCAAGACAUCCUGGAAGGCUACCAAAGCAUCAAAGUGGCCAAGUUGGAGAACACAGAAAGGCAGGACACGGUGGAUGUGAUGGUGAAAACCUAUCACCUUCAAGGAGCUCUGAAGGUGACCAAGAAGGUUUUAGAGAAGAUCAACAGGAAUGAUCUGGUGCAGAGUCUGCCAGACACCAGCUCAGGACCAGAAGAUAUGGCUGCUGCAAACUACCUCCAAUCUGAAGAUCAGUUUCUGUGCUCCAUCUGUCUGGAUGUGUUCACUGAUCCUGUGACUACAUCAUGUGGUCACAACUUCUGCAAAAACUGCAUCACUGAACACUGGAAUACUAAUGACCACUACCUGUGUCCCCUGUGUAAGGAGGGUUUUACCACAAGACCUGAUUUGAGGGUCAACACUUUGUUCUCUGAGAUGGUUUCUCAGUUCAGACAGUCAGCUCAACAGAAAGCCAGCAGCAGCAGCUCAGAGCAACAAGGGUCCAAACCAGGAGAAGUUCCCUGUGAUGUCUGCACUGGAACCAAACUGAAGUCCCUGAAGUCCUGCCUGGUGUGUCUGGUCUCCUACUGUGAGACUCACCUGGAGCCUCAUCUGACCAUGUCAGGCCUCAAAAGACAUCAGCUGAUCGACCCUGUGGAGAACCUGGAAGGCAGGAUGUGUACGAAGCACGAUAAACCUCUGGAGCUGUUCUGUAAGACCGACCAGACAUGUGUCUGCAUGCUCUGCACUGUUUUAGAUCACAAGACACAUGAUGUUGUUCUUCUGACAGAAGGAUAUGAAGAAAAGAAGGUGGAACUUGGGAAUACAGAAGCUGAAAUUGAGGAGAUGAUCCAGAAGAGACGACUGAAGAUUGAGGAGGUCAAACACUCAGUUGACCUCAGUGAGGAAGAUGCAGACAUAGAGAUAGCAGAAGGUAUUCGGGUCUUCACUUCUUUAAAGGAGUCUGUUGACAGAGGUCAGACCACUCUCAUCAAAACAAUAGAAGAGAAGCAGAAAACAACAAAAAGAAAGGCUGAAGCUUUUGUCAAAGAGCUGGAACAGGAAAUCUCUGAGCUGAAAAAGAGAAGAACAGAGGUGGAGCAGCUCUCACGCUCUGAAGACCACCUCCAUCUUCUCCAGAGUGUCCAGUCCCUAAACACCAUCCACCCUCCACCCACCAAGGACUGGACAGAAGUCGGAUUUUCGUCACCGUCAUAUGAAGGGAUUGUAGUGAGAGCUGUGGCAAAACUCGAGGAGACCCUUGGUGAAGAGACUAUCGAGCUCCUCCAAGCAGAGCUGUGGAGGGUCCAGCAGUAUGCAGUGGAUGUGACUCUUGAUCCUGAUACAGCACAUCCUAAUCUCUUCCUGUCUGAUGAUGGGAAACAAGUGAGUAAUAGUGAUCUGAAGAAGAAUGUUCCAGACAACCCAAAGAGAUUUGAUGUUUGGAAUUGUGUUUUAGGAAAGCAGAGUUUCUCUUCAGGCAGAUUUUACUUUGAGGUUCAAGUUAAAGGAAAGACUUCCUGGGAGUUCGGUGUGGUCAGAGAGUCGAUCGACAGAAAGGGAGGCAUGCCACUGAGCCUUGGGGAUGGUUUUUGGACGAUAUGGUUGACAAAUGGAAAUGAGUACGAAGCUAAUGACCACUUUAUUCUCUCUCUGAAGUCUCAGCCUCAGAAGGUGGGGGUGUUUGUGGAUUAUGAGGAGGGUCUGGUCUCCUUUUAUGGCGUAGAUGCUGCAGUCCUUAUCUACUCCUUUACUGGCUGCUCCUUCACUGAGAAACUCUUCCCAUUCUUCCAUACUGGUAGGAAUGAAGGUGGUAAAAACCCUGCCCCUCUGAUCAUCUCUCCUGUCAGAGUAAACUAAUCACUGAUCUCAUUUCAGGUAUUGAUUUGUUUUCAAUAAAAGGAACAAAUGUACAUAUUCAUAUAUUUUACAUCUUAUUUUCUACAGAAUCUGUUUCCGGUGGUGACUGAUUUACACUUUAUUCCAUUUAUUAUCAUAUGGUUAAAUGUGCAGCAAUUCUUUGCAAUUUGAAUCAAACUUCAUCUUGACAUAUUUGGUGUCUUUAGAAACUGAUUUCUUCUGGAAGUUAUAAUAACUGUCUGUGGGUUUAACAGAGGUUUAAAUAGAUAUCGUUCACAUAACGUGUGUCAUGAUGCAUCAAAUUAAUGUGUUGAUUAUGUAAUCGGAUACACAUUUGUAUUUGAUGGGCAACAUUAUGCUGAAUAUUUCAUUAUGUCAUGAAGCUUCAUUUAAGAGUAAGGCCUAGUACAUCCCAUAGUGUUUACAGAACACAGUUUGUGUCAUUAUACCGGGUAUAAAAAAUUAAUGGAUGUUUCUAUCUUGUGUGAAAAGUGUUUUGGAUAAUUACUGGUCACUUUGGCCAUUUUUUUAUUUGUUUCAUGAAUUGUGUAAGAUGGUUUAUGAGUCAAAGAAAUCUGUAAAUAUGUGAUUGUAAAAUAAAGUAGUUGUUGAACACAAGGCCUGAGUAAGCAGUGAUUUGAGCACUAAACACUGAACAGAAAAGCUGGUUUACACAGAAGUUGUAUUUCAUUACAAAUACAUUGUUUUCCUGUGACUGCUUCAAAAUAAAAGCCUUGAUGUGUUUCA